CUAGCGAAAUUGAUUAAAAUUAAUAAAUUGAACUAACUUCACUUCAUGUUGUGACAGUUAUAGGUUAUGUUAAUGUGUCGAAUAUACAGUUUAAAAUAUGAUUCCACAACAAACGUUAUUAAAACCUCCACAAUACGAUUUAAUGAACGACUUUAGGAAUUUUAUACGUGGUGCUACAAAAACUGGAAAAUGUAAUCCAUUAGAUUUAACAAAAAUCGCACUUUCAUUAUUAAGGAAUUUACCUGCUUCUCGAGAUGCAGUUUUAAUGCAUUUUUCAUCGGUUUUUGAUCGAGCUGCUGAAAAUUAUAUUGUUGCUACUGAACAAGAAAUAACAACAGGAAAAUUACCACCCCCAUCUGAAAUAGAUGAAGCUAUCGUAUCUGAAAUCCACACAGUUCUUUGUAAUUUCGUUUCGGGGAAUGCUGAAGCAUGGGCUCCAAUUAUAAGUACUUGGUCGCUUGAUUUAUUAGGUAGAAUAUCAACGAAAUACGCCGGUAGGGCUCAUAUAUCAUCGGGUUUAAAUGAAACCUUACAAUUAUGGAUGAAUUGCAGAGCUACAAGAACUUUAAUUGAUAUAACAACUCAAUGCCUUCAAUGUUUAAUGCAUUCUGAUACGGAAGCUUGUAUAAGUGCUUUAUUAGACACCUCUGUUGAACAUUCACCAAAUUUUGAUUGGGUUGUAGCUCAUGUGGGAAGUUGUUUUCCAAAUACGGUAAUAACAAGAGUUUUAACAUGUGGUUUAAAAGAUUUUUGCCAAAAUAAAUCAUACGAACAAGGUUGUAAUUCACCAAAACUAAAAUCAGUUGUUGGUAUUUUGGGUCAUUUAGCCAAUAGUCAUUGUGAUGAUAUUCAUAUUGCUUUACGUGAUUUAUUUAAAUGGAGUUUAAUGAUUAAUGGACAAGAUAAUGAUUUGACAAAGCAACAGAAAAAAGCCACUGUUCCCUUUUUGUUGCACCUAUCAAAUUUAUCCUCAAUUUUAUUAUCGACAGUUUGUUGUAAUUUAAAAGAAAUAAUGUCUGUUGAAAGAGUAAGAAUUUUAUAUAAUUUCACUGAUGGUUGGUUAAAAUAUUUUGGUUCUUCAAAUGCUUUACAAGAUCUCCUGGUUAAUUUAAUCCUAAAAUGCGAAAAAGGUGGUUCGCAAAUCAUCAAAUUAUUAUUAGAUUGUACAUUUUUAGAAAACACAACCACCAUUGAUGAUGAAAUGAAACGAAACGUAAAACUUGCAAGUCGAGACGUUUUAGAAUUUAUUUUACAAGAGAUCGAUUUUUCGUUAAGAUUUCCUUCUAAAAAUCGACAAAUCAAUUUAUUAAAAUCAUUAACGGAGGAAAUACAUAAUAUCCAUGCACUAUUAGUGAGUUCGGAGAGUGUUAAAUCGCAAACAGCUGCGAGGAUUUUGGUUUUUAUCGGACAUUCGAAUCCCGAUUUAUUAAUAAAAUCGGCAAAAUAUCUUUUUAAACAUGCAAAAUCCGAUCAACAUUUAGCUUUAUUAGUACGGAUUUUAACCGAUGAGUUAAUUGAUAAAACUUUACAACCGUAUGUCAAUAAAGGGGGUUAUUUUUCCGCCGUUCUUGAGCAAGUUUUGAACGAAUUUAAUCAAGAAUAUGUUUUUUGUGAAGAAAAUUUUGAUGAUGGUGAAGAUCAACUUCAAACAUGGAUAAAUUUGUUGAUUCUUUUAAAAUGGGAAAAAACUUGUAAAGUCCAAGUAUUAAAAUCGCAAAUAAUAACACGAGGAUUACAAUACAAUUUAAUAACGUUUACAUCGAUUUUUGCGAAAAAAAAUUUUCCGAAUACAAUUUUACACAUAAUGGCUGAAACUUUGGAAAUAUUAAAUGUUCCGUCUUAUAUGGUUAAUGGACUUUCUUUUAGUCCCCCAAUGCAAGUUAUUUUGAAUUUUACAAAUGGAAUUGUUAAUUAUUUUUUUAUUUGUUGUAAAGAAGCCGAUACCGUUGCGAGACUUAAAGGAUUCGAAAGGACAAUAGAAAUAUUAAAGAAACUCUGCACUCACUCGAAUAUCGCCAGAAUUUUAGCACUACGAGAAUUGCUGGAAAAAUCUUUAUUUUCAAAUUGCAAGUCGUUGUUUGGGUCUAUUGUUAAACAUCGUAUAGAAAAUGAGCAAGAAAAAUUGUUAUUAAAACAAAAUAAAAAAUUGAGUAAAACAAUACCAUUAACAAAGCAUUCAUCAGUUUAUAAUGGUGGAAUAAUUGGUACUGGGAAACGCAAAUCAAUUUGUUCAACAAAUUUAUUAUCAAACAACAUUUCAAACAACACCGAGCAACUAAUUCGAGUGAUAAAAUCGUGUUGUUCAAUACCAAUGGAACCAGGAAAACAAACGGAUGUUCUUCAACAAAGCAUCGUUCACGUUUCAUUACUUCUCGUGCAUUAUGUAAGCCCCGAUGUUAUGUAUAAUGGACUUCCAUGGCCUGAGGAGGAAUUUUCAAAAGUAACGAUCGAACGAGAUCUUUACAUAAAUCGAUUAUUUACCACCACUCCGUUAUUAUGGGAACUUUUAUCGAUGGUUGCCGUUUAUAGACCCGCGUUGUGUUAUUGUUCUGUGUUGAUUAGGGCACUUACAGCAACAUUAAUACAUCAAUGGAGUAGUAUGGGUGAUCAAAGCAAAUCCUCCCAUACAGAUAGUUACAAAUCUUUAAUGGAAACUACUGUAAAGGUGGUUGAAGUUAUGUCUUUGGGACAAUUAUUACCACCACCUUUAAGUGGUAUUCGUGAUGUUAUUGGUUAUUUUAAUUCGUUCGAGAUUGUGGCUAUUUUACGUGAAUGUAUUUGGGCUUAUAUGCGUGAUCAUAUUCCAUCACCAACUUUAUUUGUGGCGGAUUCAAAUGGGUUAUAUUGGAGAGAUCCAACCAUGUCUCGUCCAAGCGAAGUUUACACAAAUACUUUGAGGAUUAUAAUGCAGAGGAAUAUUAAAUCUGUCGGGCAUUUAUAUGCUCAAAUGUUCAUUAAUAUUGCGAAAAAUGAAUAAAAAAAGAGUACAAUGUA